UCCCUCCUGCCAUUUCUAGACCGCACGAGGGUUGAGGAUGAAAUAGCCAAGUAUGGCUUUCGUUUCGACAUGUUUACUAUCAAUCGGCUCCAUUAAGGUGUAUUUGGGUUGAUAUAAGCCCAAAUAUAUGUGCAUGUAAUCCAAGGCCCAUAUAAAAGUAUGUAUGACACUGCGAAGCUUCUACGACUCCGAUUUCCAACCGCUUUACUUCUACAGGCGUUAUACGGAAGAAUCAUUCCCCUUCUCCAAGAAUCUACCAAAAUUUUAUCCUUUACACAGCAACUGACCAAAACCCUGCCGGUCAAAACUUCCAUCUUUCAUCUUCGCCCGCUAAUUUUCCCGAGAAAAAUCCACAAUUUUCCGAGAGAUAAGUUUCUUAUUAAUUUCUAAGUUCCAGGUCAAAAAUGGCGAGUGUGAGAGACCUGAGUCUAUCAAUUGACGGAACAGGGUGUUCCGUUUCUUUCAUUGAUUUCCCGGAAGAUGUCCAGCUGUGUAUCCUUUCGUUUCUCACGCCCGCCGAUAUUGCGACAUUCGCAUGCACGUCGAAACGUUUCGUAUCGCUUUGCAAAGACGACGGUAAGCUAUGGUUCGCCAUGUGCGACAGGAGGUGGGGCACGAAGACCCAGAUCAAAAACUGGGGUAGAGGGAGAAUCUCCUACAGGCUGCUCUACAAGACUCUCAGCGAAUGGGAGAAUCUAAUCGGUUUCUGGCGCCGAAGCGGUUCAGGAACCGCAGGUACAUCAUCCCCACCAUUGGUCUUCUUCGAGUGGGGUUCUUCGUUCCUCACCGGAUCCAGGGUAUCUCCAUCGACGACCGGAACAUAUGGUGUGGUGAAAGCUCCGUUUUUAUGGAUGAGUCUGUCGCAGGAAGGCCAGGUUCUCAACUUUCUCGAUCCGGAUGGUCGGAGCGAUAUGCUGGGCGAUUUCGCGAGCUCCGGGGAAAUCGAGUGCUUGGAGAACGAUUUGGUACCCGUCAAUGUUAGUUUCAUGGGGAAAUCCCAUUUCGUUGUGGAGGAAGAUUUGAGCUUUGCGUAUUCGAAUUCGAACACUCCGGAACAGAGUAAAAAGGGGAUUCGGCGGAGUUCAAGUACUGUGAGCUUGUCCGGAGACGAUGGUUGUGGGGCUGGGGAGGAUGUGACUGGAUCGGAGAUUGGGUCGCCUGGAAGCUUGCCGGACCGGUUAAUGUCGGAGAUUUAUCAACAUUUUGCGAACCGGACUAGCCCGGUUGGGGACAGGUCUUCGAGGAGGCAGAGGCGGAAAGAGAAGGAAAGACAAUCGAGGAGGAAGUGGGAGCCGGAGCAUUUCGUCAAGAUUGUUAAUUGUUCGCCCACUCCAUCCAGGCCUUUGCAGGGUCUAUGGAAGGGAAUUUAUGAUGACAUGAACUUGGGUUUUUAUCUUGUUGCAUAUGAUGACAUUGGUGGCAUUGCCUGCCGAAGGAUUUGGAACUCACCUGAACGAUUUGCUUCUUAUGGUCCUGUGUUUUGGACAUCGAACACUACAUUUGUGGAGUCUCCAUUUUCUGUGGAAGAAGAAAAUCUAUAUGAUAGUCGUGUACAUCUUCAGCCACUUGCAGAAGCAGAUUCCAUUGACGGGAUCCCGCCGUUGGCUGAAAGUAAUGUGGUCUCUCGUAUUCUUUUCAUCAACUCAAGUUUUGAUCUAGUUAUUCCACAUUUGUCAGGAACUACUGCAAAUCCUCAGGGGGUGGAGGGAAGGAUUUGGCAGUAUGGAGAUGGGACAUUUGGAUUUGGAUUUCUUCGGGAUAAUUUUAUUGUAGACCUUAGGCAUGUUUCCAAGAAUGGCUGCCUUCUUGAUGCAAUAGAGUUUCGUGGUGACUGAUUUACUUGUUUGGGAUAUCUUUUUGUACAUUAUUUAUUCUGUUAUGUCUCUGGAUGCCACUUAUGUGCCGUGGCACUGUGUAUAACAUAUUUAUUGAGGAAUAAUAUGUCAAAUUCCUUUACUGUUA